UCCGUAUUCCGGUUUUGCCCCUCUUUACGAGCGAGUUGGGUUGCCCUCCUGUCUCCCCCCUCGCGUCGCAGGAUCGCCAUCGAAGAAGGCCCUCGGAGGACGAUCGCGAUCUCUUUCACGGAUAGGUUUUCUGCCAUCGUUGAGAAUCCCUUGCGAUUCGUCUCGAUUUGGAUGCGAAUUUGAAGAGCCGGUGACGGGAGCAGGAGUAAACCCUAAGAUGAAGCCUUGUUCGGGCGAGAUCAAUAUCUCGGAGAGCGCCAAGAGGCUCGAUGUCGACAAUCGGAUCUCUCUCCGUUAUUACUACCGGAUCGCCCAUAAUCUUCUCAGACAGGCGGAAAUUUAUCGGAGCGAGAAGAAUAUUAUCGAUCUUUUUGUUAUGCUUAUGAGAUUUUCUAGUUUGAUCACUGAGACCAUACCAUUCCACAAAGACUAUCAGGUUGUGUUACAAAAUGAAAAACUGUAUUUCAGAAAGAGAUUAUUGAAUGCCUUGAAUGAGUUAGAAGCAUUGAAGCCAGAUGUACAACGUCGACUUGAAGAAUUAAAUAGGAAGAACAGAAGCCAAGUGAAUAUAUGGGGACAAGCUUUAGAAGAUGGUUCUCUUGAUGAUUCAUUUGUGUGGCCGCCGGUGAAAAAGAAGAUAGAAAAUAACAGAACCAGUCAGGCUUAUAGAGCAGUUGUGAGAGAUGGAUUCUAUAGGAGUCCUAUUGUUCAGAGAAAUAGUUUUUCAACCAACAGUAGAGAAGAUCAAUUUCGUAAAUUUUUCCUGCCCCCCAAGGAGGAAACACUAUCAAGACACUCAAUCUUGGGUCCAAAUGGUCUUCAUGGGCAUUGGAAGCCACCUGUUGCUGAUCGAAGGAUCCAAUACCCAAGCAAUUUGGACCUGACUCCAAUUGAGUUCCCAAGCCUGCUUCAACCAACAGAGGAUAAACCUGUGGCCGCGAAGGAAAAUGGCACUUCGGAAAUUGAAAAAUCUAUGCUGGAAGUUCUUUCGUUGCAAGAUGAUUCCACUCAACCACAGGAAGAACCACAUCCAAUGGUUAGCUUGGAUGUUUCAGAUGUGAAUCCUAAGAUGGAUAUCGUCAAAGAACUCUGUCCUCCACCAGUCCUUGCAGAAGUACAGGAUGUUCAUGUUACAGCACAAGAUUCUUGUUCCUUAACUUCACAAACAGUUUCUUUGCAGGAUGAGCUAAUUCAUGCAGAAUCUCCUCAGGAAGUUCACAUAUCAACGUCUCUGAUGGAUAGUUUUAUGAGGCUUGCAAAAUCAAAUACUGUCAGAAAUUUAGAAACAUGUGGUGUCCUUGCCGGUUCACUUAAAAACAGAAAGUUCUAUGUGACAGCUCUCAUCAUCCCUAAGCAGGAGUCGACAUCUGAUUCAUGUCAGACAACAAAUGAAGAAGAAAUAUUUGACUAUCAGGAUAAACAGUCACUGUUUCCCCUGGGAUGGAUUCAUACUCAUCCUACUCAGUCAUGUUUCAUGUCCUCAAUUGAUGUACACACACACUAUUCGUAUCAGAUUAUGUUGCCCGAGUCUAUUGCAAUUGUCAUGGCACCAAGAGAUGGUUCGAGAACCCACGGGAUAUUUCGGCUGACCACACCAGGAGGCAUGUCUGUCAUAAGGCAGUGCCAACAGCGUGGCUUCCAUCCUCACCAACAGCCAUCAGAUGGCGGGCCUAUCUAUGACCACUGCUCUGAUGUCUACAUGAACCCCGACCUGAAGUUUGAUGUGGUAGACCUCCGGUAGCCACCCAUAUCUUCCGAAUCGUUUUAUCUGAAUUGCUUCCGAACUCGUGCCCAGGAUGCAAUCAAUUCUUUGUACCUAUUAUUAUCCUCCUCCUCCUCGACGACGACGACGAUGUUGACGUUGCCAUAACAAUUGUGAGAAAGAUGGAUAUCUAGCAUGUUCCUGUACAUAAAAGCUGGCAAAGUUGUUCUGAGAACAGGUCCGAAACCUCCCUACCAAUGUGAUGAACCAAGACACCUUUCAUCAAAUUGUAUUAUUUUUUGCA